CUUAAACCAUGGUGUGGAAUAAAUAUUUUAUGGUUAGUGAUCAUUUCUAAAAUUCUGUUUGAAAAACAAUUUAUUGAAGACUAUUUCUUCCAAAAGUCCAUUGGAAGAAAUGUUUUGUAGAACAGAUCCAAAACCAAAUAAGAAAUGUAGGACAUUAUCUAUAGAUAAUGACAUUAUCUCUAAAUUUCAGCAUGGUAUCGCCCUCUCAGUCAGUUAUCACAGUACCUAUUGGCUUUUAGCCGUUACAUUCAUUACACUAUUACAGCAACAGCUUCCAGCCGGAAAUCCACUGUAUGCACUCAUUUUUUCUGUAUUUAAUAUUAAUCAUGGUUAAAUAUUGUAUUUUGUGUCAUACCAAUAAGAUACAGAAUUCAGAUCUAAGUUUUCACAAGUAAGUAUUUUGAAACAGAUUCGUAUAUAUAACAUAAAGUAAGCUUAUAAAAACCAUUUCAAAUUUAUUCAGGUUUCCAAUAAAUAUUAUGUACCGAAAUGAAUGGAUUAAGAAACUAAAUUUAACUACUGCUAUUAAACGUUGGUAUCGAAUAUGUAAUUUACACUUUACCGCAUCAGAUUAUAACGUUCAAAACAAAAGAAUGGUAUUAAAAGCAGAUGCAGUACCUACCUUCAUUAUCAAUAAGGACAUAGACAGUUCAAAUAAUGAUAAUGAUUGUGCUGUGAUCCAAUCACUCAAACAUCCAGAUAACUUUUCUGUUGGUUUUCCGAAGAGCUAUCUGUUACAAGCAGUUGAAUUGAUAUUACAACCCAAGUCAGUACCAGUUGGUAGAAAAGCAAAGAUCAUGGGCAAAUGGAAUAAAAUUGAUGCCAUGAAAGUAAAUAGUCUUUGCUCUGACCAAUCACAUUUGCCUGUCUACAGUAGUAUCAUGUUGUACAGAGAAAAUCCUCUACGUAGUCUUUCUCCAAUUUUAAAUGAAAUGCGACUAUGUUUGUUGGCGGGUGAUUGGGAUGGAUACAAAGAUUUGCUUUUAUUAGUGUUAAGAUCAAGUAUUGUAUCAAGUGGAUACAUUUUGUUUGUCAUUCGAUCAAGUUUCAUACUAUUAUUUAACCAUCCAAAUCGAACACCACAGGUUUUAGAUACUUUCUUGAGAGCUUGUAUUUAUUUAACUGAUCAUAGGCGAAUUAAAUAUUUAGAAAGUUGUUUUACAUUUAAAGGAACAUUGGCCCAUUUAUUAGACAAAACAGUUAUGAAUAUAGAAGAUAAUGAAAAAGAAGAAGAAGAAGAAGAAGAAGAAAUUAUUUUUAAUUCGGAAUUUAGUUCAGAUGAAGAAGUCUCAUAAAGUGUAUGGUAUUAUAAUUGAAAAAUUAUUUAUUUAAACCUAUAAAAUGAGAAAAAAAAAUACACUUUAGAAUGAUUUUGUAGAAGUAUGAAGAUUCAUUAAAGGUAAAAGAAAAUAUAAAAUGGUUUGAUAAUUUUAAAUUUUAUGUAAAAUUCCAUAUUAGCUUAAAAAAAAAAAAUUUUUGCAGUAUAGA